AUCUGUAGAGUUCAUCUUUCAGGAGCUGUCCUCACACACUCAGCUUGUCCUACAGAUCUACAGACCUCACUGUGGCCAGCACCCUGGGACUAACCCUGCUGCUGCCUGGAUGCGGUGGUCUCCUAUGUCAUCCUGUGGCUCUUUGUGUCUCCAUGGAUCCCAGCACCUCCACCCCUUUACCAUCAACGUCCUGCCCUCCUCCCCAGCAGUGGUGCCCCUUCCUGGGCCGCUGCCUGCCCCUAGCCAGCCCCUGCCACCCUGGAUCCUGUGCCAACUGUACCCAGGCAGACACUCUGCCACCCGGGGCGCUGCGUCCCAGCUACAGCCUGGUGGAUGAGGUGGUGGUUACACUGCCUGCUGGACCUGUUACACACAUACUGGUGAGGGAGCGUGUCGAGGACCUGCUGGUCUCCCCCGGCGACAUCAUCGGCCUGCAGCACGACGCUGGCCCCGCCUCCCUGCUCCGCUGCGACCCUUCACCCCAGUCGCCGUGGCGACAGCCAAUCCUGGCCCUCAACCAAUCUGACUGGCUGUGGGCCAACUCCAACCAAUCAGAAGGUUCCGUGGACCUGGACCAGAGCGUUGAAAUAACCCUGGAGGAUGUUCGAGGAGGAGUCUGGGCUGCGGACGUGGUCUGCCCGAUCAGGGUGCUCUACGUUGGGCAUAGUGAGACCCAGCUACAGGGGUCCCAGCUCUCCUCCGGCCUCCCCCAGCCGGGGCUCUAUAGCCUGGAGGUGACCUCCGACGACCCUGCCUUCCCCGUCAUGGCGUCAUGUCCCAUCCGCGUGGUCCCUCCCCUGGGCCUCACCGUCCUCCACCCCCCCUCUCAGAACGGAACCUACUACUUCAGGCCCAACCAGACGGUGGUUCUGCUCCGGGUCCACUCUCAGUACGGAGCCAAAGCCCACUGGCAGGGAAGCAACCAGAGUGUCCUCUUCCAGGACCACUGCCCCCCUGACUUCCUGCCCACUGUGGGGGAGUGUAGAGGGGCAGGCAGGGCAGGAGAACCAGGGAGAGGCGGGGGGAACCAGAGCCACAGUCUGUUUGCGGUGAUAGAUCUGGGGCUCGGGGAGGAGAGGGGGCCGGUGGUGGUGAAUCUGUCAGCACACAGCGAGGUGACGGAGGCCAGUCUCAGCCUGUUGGUCGGGGUGGAGGAACCUCUGAGAGGUCUGGUGGUCCAGCCUCAUCCCAGACACAGAGUCCUCAUGGAAUCAGUCGUGAGCUAUACUGCUGCUGUAGAGGGAGGUUCCAGCCCAACCUUUAAAUGGACAGUGGAUGAUAAGCCCUACUUCACCUACUACAACACCGUGCUGAACAUCAUAUACCAGAACCCAGCUGUCUACAAACUAUCGGUGACGGCGAUGAACCAUGUGAGCAACCUGACGGACCACUUCAACGUGACGGUCGACCGUAUGAACCCCAUGGUCAACCUCACGGUCACCGGCGUGCCUGGCGUGGUCACGCAGGGCUCGGACCAGUUCCUGACCACCUCCGUGGUCCUGGAUGUGUCCGUGGACGCCACCUUCCGGUGGUCGUUUGGAGACGGAGGUUACCAGGAAUAUGACUUUAAACCUCCCUACAACACCUCCCUGUACCCUCCCCUACCAGACUCCCCUACACAGGUGCUCCUGCCCAACAAAGUCAAGUACAAGUACCAACAGCCAGGAGUGUACACCGUCCUGGUGUCUGUGUCUAACCAUUACGAGAACAGGACCCAGCGCAUCGACAUGCACGUAUACAGUGUCCUUACCCACGUCGACAUAGAAACAGAGCCCCGCCUCCUCCAGGCCGGCCAACCAGCAGCUUUUGAGGCUCACGCCUUGCCCUCGGCCUAUGGCAUCGUCUAUACGUGGGAUUUUGCCGAUGGCUCCGCCUCCAGAGAGGGGCCUCAACGUCGCGUCAACCACACCUACGGGGUCGGCCACAGUGGCGUCCAUAAUGUGUGUGUGUCCGUGAAUAAUACCAUCAGCUGGACGAAGGCCUGCGCUGAGAUGUUGGUGUACGAGGAGAUUAAAGGGUUAACGGCGACCUCCUCCGCCCCGACCGAGCUCAACACCCGACGACGGUCUCUGCACACCUGCAGGCAGGGUAACAACGUCACCUGGAGCUUCGACAUGGGCGACGUGUCCAUGGUGACGACGGCGGGUUCCGAGGUUCCGCACACCUACGUGAAAGACGGGAACUACACGGUGAAUGUGACGGCACGGAAUGCGGUGAGCGCCCGCUGGACCCUGGUACCUGUCCAGGUGUUCGUGCUGCAGGUGGUGAGGCUGGAGCCGGCGGGCUGUGUCCGGGAGCUGACCCAGGUCGACUUCCAGGCCUUCGUUUCGGGGAAUGCCUCCUCUCACCUGUAUGAGUGGAGCUUCGGGGACGGGACCCCCAACCAGACACACCUGGGCAGCCCCAGGAUCAGCCACUCCUACGGGGGCAGCGGGGACUACCACCUCUCCCUGCUGCUGUCCAGCGGCGUCAACAAGGCCAACUUCUUUGCGUGGGUUUGUGUCCAGCCGGCGGUGUCCAAUGUGACCCUGACCCCAGAGAAGUGCAACUUCAGACUGGGGGAGGAGAGCCGGUUCAGGGCCAGCGCCCGGCCAGACUUCGACUACACCUACCUAUGGGAUUUUGGGGUGAUUGAGGACUCUACACCUGUUCAGGGCCAUAAGGACAUGGUGUUCACCUAUAAAACCCUGGUCAGUACCUGUAACGACAGCGUCCUGAUUCAGAUCCAGCGGCCGGUAGGACUGGUCCUGAUCCAACAUAACGGGACUAGAUCCAAUAACCUGACUCUGAGGGAGGUGUACCUCUUCACCACCUCAUCGCUGGCGCCUGCCAGCCUCUACACCUGGGAUUUUGGCGACGGAACGCCCCUCGCCCCCGGCCCGAACGCGACACACGCCUACAACGUCUCUGGAGUCUUCAAUGUCACGCUGACGGCUGCGAACCCGGUGAGCAGCAACCACACCUGCGUUGCCGUGGCGGUCCUGGCACCCAUCCGCGGCCUGGUGGUCACGCUGAUCGGGUCAACGUCCCCAUAA